AAAGGAACAUAGCAUUUUACUUCAAGGUGGCCACUGUAUAUUUUUUUGACUGUUUGUUGAGAAGAGUGUAUAUAUAAAUGAAAAAAAUUAUAUUUAUAGAAGUUCUAUUCCUUAAAGAAGAUGUUACGGUUCUAAGAGCAGAUGUAUACGUGCAGUAUUUUUGGGAUUUCUCAUUAUAUGUUUGUAAGUAUGUAUAAUGGGAUAUGUAUUUAUGUGUGUAGUAUUCACUAUAAAGACCAGCAAUUAAAAAGAGUGGAACUUGAGGUUGACCGUAUACUGUGUUUUACUUGUCUUUUUUAAGAUGCAGCAUUUUCAGAAAUGUCUUGGCUUGUAGAUCUAGUGUGCUAGCAGCAAUUACUGCAUUUGGAUUGAUGGGAAUCAAUGUCUCUUAGAUAAGAUGCAAAAUUAACUUGAUUAUAGUUCACUUUAAGGCCUUGAAAUUUUUUCACUUUCUUAAACAGUAUAAUGUAUUUAAAUAUUUGGAGCCUUUUGCUAGUUAGUAACCACUGCAGCAGACUCAGGAGUAAAUUGUGACAGGUGUAGAAUCCUGGAAUUCUCAGUACAGAGUUCUUCCCCACCUGUUUUUACAAGUAAGGUAACUAGGAAACUGUGUGAUAUCACUUCAGAUGGAGCCAUGAACAGAAAACAGUUAUGGAACAAAAUUAGGAAAUUUGCACAGACCUUAAAGCUGAGGGCAUAGAAUCCAGAAAUGGCUACAGCAGUUGCAACAACUGCACGCAAUGUUCUUUUCCCAGAGCUUGAAAUAAAUCUCAGAAAUCCUGAUACUCAACAUUUUGUUACUAUUUCAGACAGUUGUGUAAUUGACUGGCAAAACAAGUAUUCCUUGGGGACAGUCAUUUUUUCUGUGAUACUUCCUUGCUAGUUUGUCCUUCAGAUAUUUGUGUUUUUACUGUGGAAGUGAAGAUGGUUAAGUGGAGUCUGCUUCCUAUCAGAACUUGAAAACUGAUUCUUGCUGCAUGCUCAAUGCUGCAGCUGCAACUGUGGGAGCUUCCUGCUUGGAAUGAUAAGGGAUAAAUGGCAUGAGCUUAUAAGGAAGAUUGUGUAUGCAGUGGCAGAAAUGGGAUCAGAUACGGUGGUUUGUGUGCAAAAUACAGAGGCCUGAGAAAGUAUCUGUUUUUCAGUAAUUGACAUCUUAACUGGAGGCACAGCCUAAAAUGACUGUGUGAAUUCAGUGGAAUAAAUGGCGUCCAAAGUAACUGAUGCUAUAGUUUGGUACCAGAAGAAGAUUGGAGCAUAUGAUCAACAAAUAUGGGAAAAAUCAGUAGAGCAAAGAGAAAUAAAGGGUUUGAGAAACAAACCAAAGAAAACAGGACAUGUGAAACCAGACCUCAUAGAUGUUGAUCUUGUAAGAGGAUCUGCUUUUGCUAAAGCAAAGCCUGAAAGUCCUUGGACAUCUCUGACCCGCAAAGGAAUUGUGAGAGUUGUUUUCUUUCCGUUCUUCUACAGGUGGUGGCUACAAGUGACAUCGAGGCUCAUCUUUUUCUGGCUGCUUGUUCUUUACCUUCUUCAAGUUGCUGCUGUAGUGUUAUUCUAUACAGCCCAAAGCCCACAUAAUAUACCUCUGACUGAAGUAAUUGGGCCAAUAUGGCUCAUGUUGCUACUUGGAACUGUGCAUUGUCAGAUUGUUUCAACACGAACUCCUAAGCCACCUCCCAGCACAGGGGGUAAAAGAAGAAGGAAAUUAAGGAAAGCAGCACAUUUGGAAGUACAUAGGGAAGGAGAUGGCUCUAGUACCACAGAUAACACACAGGAGGGAACAGUGCAGAGCUACGGUACAAGCACCUCUUGCAGUAUUGGCGCUGUCUUCAGAGAUAUCUGGCAUGCUGCUUUCUUUUUACCAGGAUCUAAAAAAGCAAAAAACUCAAUAGAUAAAUCCACCGAGACUGAUAAUGGCUACGUGUCCCUUGAUGGGAAAAAGACAGGUAAAAGCAGUGAAGAAUGUGUGCAGGCCCAUGAACGUCGAUGUGAAGUGAUCAAGCCAGAAGAGUCGGGCUGGAGCACAGCGCCAGUGCGAGAUGCCUUCACCAACCACAGUCAUCACAAAGAUACUCACAGGACCGUGACAAAUUUAUCAGAUGAAGUUUCUAGUGAGGAAGGGCCUGAAACUGGAUAUUCUUUACGUCGCAAUGUAGAACGUGCUUCUAGUGAUUGUACACUUCGAAACAGGAAAUCUCACCAUUAUAAGAAACACUAUCCUGUGGAGGAUAUACCUAAAUCAGGUACUAGCUGCAGUUCUCGGUGUUCAAGCUCCAGACAAGAUUCUGAGAGUGCGAGACCCGAAUCGGAAACGGAAGAUGUGCUGUGGGAGGAUCUCUUACACUGUGCGGAGUGUCACUCCUCCUGUACCAGUGAGACGGAUGUGGAAAGCCCUCAAGUGAACCCGUGUGUGAAGAAAGAAUACAGAGAUGACCCAUUUCAUCAGAGUCAUCUGCCUUGGAUCCACAGUUUGAAUCCAGGACUAGAAAAAAUAAGUGCAAUUGUAUGGGAGGGUAAUGACUGCAAGAAAGCAGAUAUGUCUGUGCUUGAAAUCAGUGGUAUGAUAAUGAACAGAGUGAACAGCUAUAUACCAGGAAUUGGUUAUCAGAUUUUUGGACAUAUCAUAUCUUUAAUCUUGGGUUUGAUGCCAUUUGUCUUUCGACUUUCCCAAGCUAAAGAUUUGGAACAACUAGCUACACAUUCUGCCACUGAACUUUGUAUGACUGCUUUAGGAUCAAAUGGAGACAUUCUGGUUAUCUCAAUGGUUACUAUCAGUUUUGUGGUCCGAGUGUCUCUAGUGUGGAUUUUCUUUUUUCUGCUGUGUGUAGCAGAGAGGACAUAUAAACAGAGGCUACUGUUUGCCAAACUUUUUGGUCAUUUAACAUCUGCCAGAAGGGCAAGAAAAUCAGAGGUUCCUCACUUCCGUUUGAAGAAAGUACAGAAUAUAAAAAUGUGGCUUUCUCUCAGGUCCUAUCUAAAGCGUCGAGGUCCUCAACGCUCUGUCGAUGUAAUAGUUUCAUCUGCCUUCCUACUGACUAUCUCAGUUGUGUUUAUCUGUUGUGCACAGCUGCUUCACAUGCAUGAGAUCUUCCUUGAUUGUCACUACAAUUGGGAACUUGUCAUUUGGUGCAUUUCACUGACUCUUUUUCUCUUAAGAUUUGUUACUCUUGGAUCUGAAACCAGUAAAAAGUACAGCAAUACCUCAAUUUUACUUACUGAGCAGAUAAACUUGUACUUGAAAAUGGAGAAAAAGCCUAAUAAGAAGGAGGAACUGACACUAGUGAACAAUGUUUUAAAACUUGCUACUAAGUUAUUGAAGGAACUGGACAGUCCAUUUAGGUUGUAUGGGCUCACAAUGAAUCCACUGCUUUAUAACAUCACCCAAGUUGUCAUCCUGUCAGCUGUUUCUGGUGUCAUCAGUGACUUGCUUGGAUUUAAUCUAAAGCUCUGGAAGAUCAAAUCUUGACAAUAUAUAAAGAAGAUGCGAUAACACAGUGUUACAGAAAAGCUCAUUGAUUGACAAAACUGCCUCAAAGCAGCCACUGAACCUGUAUUUCAAAUGCUACAACCUCUUCAAGGAUGUCGUUUGGAAAACUGAAGUGUUUACAUCUGACUGUCUUGUGCAAUCUUUGUAUUUAUUUCACAUUCUCACUGUUUUAUGUUCAAUUUAGUAGACAUUUAUAUUUUAUUUUCAAACUUCCUUGUUUAGUUUUGGAAAUGGUCAGAUUUGGGAAGCAUCAAAAACUGUGUAUCUGAGAACUUGAAAUCCUGGAAGUUGAUUACGCUAAGUUACUACAUCUGUUGUUAAAGCUGAAGCCAACGCUGAACGUUUUUAUUUACAGUAAUACUGUAUGGAAGUAAUUGGAUUUUUGAUAGCGUGGUAAAAUUGCUUAGGAUAUUUCAUUUGCCUCAGUCAUUUAUGAAGACAACAAAACAUCAAUAGAUGUUUGGUUGCAAUAGAAAAGUGAGAUGCAUACAAAUAAUGAAGUACUGACAAUACAGUAUGACAGGUAGCAGAAAUAUUUUAUAUUGCUAUUAGAAGCAGGUGGGAAUUUUCAAUAUUUUGAGUAAUUCCAGGAUCAGGUAGGCUGCAGUUUAAGUAUCCUGAGAUAUUAAUAAGGUAUUACAUAAAAAGUCAACAAGUGCUCUUUGAUAACACUUUUAUUAGAGCAAUAACUGUAAAUGGUUACCAUGCUGUAUGAUAUUUUGAUAAAAUUAAAUAUUGUAUUUAUUUGAAAUACUGGGCUGUUCUGCGCAGCUCUGACUGUGCAUGCUCAAUAUGUGCACUUUUUAUUGUUACUUUUAAUGAGAAACUUUAUCUAUAUACAUAUAAAUGUAUAUUAAUUGGAAUAUAUUAUGGUGAACUAUGGAGCAGUAUAUAUUAUAUGUUGAAGUUGCAUAUUUAAACAAGUGAAAGAUUUACUAGUGGAAGGAAUGCUAUGAAUGACAGAGCAUAAGCCAGGUAGAUGCUCCCCUCUUGUACACUAUAGUAUAUGCCGUUCAUACCACAUUGAAGUUUAAGAACAGUUAAGAACAGAAAACAAGUUUGUCUGGUAGAGCUCCUGAGCCUGGUGUUGGGAGGUUUGUGUCUCCAGAUACCCCUGUCCCACCUCCCUCCCCAGCAGGGCUCAGGCCCUGGCCGGGAUUCCCCACCAUUCCUGCUGCCCUCCGUACAUGGACCAUAUUGAUCCGUGGUUCUUCCAUGUGACAAACAGGUGUUCAGUCCAUGUAAAAUUAGGUUACUUGGAACAACAUUUCCAUCUACAAAUUAUAUUGGGAGGAUUGAUAUCACCAGGCACAAGUAUUCUUACAUUUUAUGUUUCUAAAAUAGUGGCUUCAUAUUGAAAAAUGACAAGAAAUUAAGUGGCAAGAGUCUGGACUUUGCACUAUGUUUGCUAAUCUUCAGAAUCUUGAAAGCUUUGAAGUAAUGUCUCUUAAACUUAUGUGGUAUAAAAAUAUUUUUAUAUAUAAAGCAACACAAACAAGCAUUUUGUAUUUUAUUUGCCUCUGUACUAAUAUUUAAUAAUGACCAAAGUGCAUUCUGGUUUUUGAAAGAAUGUAUUACUGGAGCUUUAAGAACAUACUAUAUUUAGUUUCUCAUGUGAAAACUUCAGCUGCAUCUGAUCUGUUUCUUCUUUCUCUGUUGUUUGAUGUUGGGAUUGUUUUUAAAAAUUAAGUACAUUUUAUACACAGUUUUUUCCAAGUUAUGGUACAGACCUACACAGAACUUAAUUUUGCACAAAAUAUAUUUUAAGAAAAAAAAGUACAGCAGGAGUUCUAUGGGUUAUAAAAGAUAAGGCUGUUGCUUUUUACAGCCUGUCACUGUUACAAAACCAUUCUUUACUCUAUAAUGAAAUUAUUUUUAAAAAUCUAAAAUAGUGAAUAUAGAGCUUUCAUUACCUUUUUUUUUUUUUAUUAAAAAAAAAAAAAAGGAAAGGAGGGAGGGAAAACAUUGUGGUUUCAUUUGAAGGUGAAAUUAGUUUAACCAUGUAUACCUCAGCAACUAGCACUGUGCUGGAUUGGUACACUAACAAAUGCUGGCUUGGGGAAAGUAAAAGAUUUGUGAAAUGAAAUUAAAAAUAAUAAAAACCUUUAUUUGCUACCAUUAGGUAUAUUCAUUAUGUUAAAAAUGGGAGAGGUUUAUUCUCCAUCCGUCAAUAUGGAAAAUCCAGUAUGAGAAUAGAGGCAAGUAGAAAUAUGGCACAUCUUGCGUGUUGACUGUUAUUUUUUUUGCCACGUUUUGUAACUGAAAGUGUGAUGAGGCUUGGAAUAAAGCUUUCUAUGGUUGAUGGAAAAAAGAAACAAA